AUGUCGAAAUCCAACGGAAACUCAAAGAACCAAGAGAAAGCGAUGGUCGGAGGGAACCAGUUCGGCCCCGCAAUGGCCCAAAUGCCAGUUUCUGAGAAGGGAAUCGAAGCACCUUAUCCGCUCGACGAUCCCCUCAUGAGCGGGCAGUUAACUUUUUACAAAGCAGCAACUGGCAUCCAAGAUCCUGAGAAAUUGAAAGCUCACAUACUUGAGAUUCGAGCGGAAGGUUGCAAGGCUUUCCCCUUUCCAUGCAUCUUGUGUUUUUAUUUCUUGCAGGGUAUGAUAGCCCGUCACCCCUUUUAUCACAACGUGCGCAAAGAAAUAGAAAAGAAGUCAAGCACCCGCAAGAUUUUCCUUGACAUCGGGGCUUGUAAGUGGAAACCGUUGGGGUAUAAGCUGUUCAGAGAUUCUGACCGCCCGAUCCCGUACUUCUUGGGAAACGUCCUCGAAUCCGAAGUCUUGGAUGUCACGAGUACCGCUAAGGUCGACCCAGCAAAAAUCAAUCUUCAUGCAUUGAAAGACCUUAACCCUUUGAAGGGGGCAGCCAGAUUCAUAACCUUGAAUCAACUCUUCCACUUCUUCGAUGAAGCCGGUCAGAGGCAAUUGGCCGAGCGCUGCGCUUUGCUACUGUCCGAUGAAGUCGGCAGCUCCAUAUUUGGCAUGCACAUUGGGGGUGUCAAAAAAGGACUCGAGAGUCACAAGUUCGUACAUUUCCCCAGCUCGACCUGA